GAGAGAGAGAGAGAGAGAGCUUAGUGGUCAGACAGCCUCUCGCCUCCCCCUUCUCUAAUGAGCGCGUGGUAAAAAUGCAGAGGCGCACAGAAGAGCUACAGCAGAUCAGUCACUUCAUCCGUCACACACCAGACACACGUCCCUCCUGUGUGCUCCUCUGCUGGACCAAGAGCUGUCAUCUAUCUGACUAUGGAACAUAAUUUAUUUCCGCGGACCUCGUGGACAAACGACAGCAAAUUUCUCCACCACAAUGUCCCUGAUUUCUUCACCAGUGUCCAGGUUACACAGGACAUACCAGCUGGGGUGUCUUUUGGCCCUUGUGUGCUUCAUAAUACUUUUUAUGACACAAUAGCUUUUAUCGCCUUGAAGUCGUUUGACAGAGGAGGAAAAUCCUACGUGUUCAGGGUAGAUCCGGAUGCAUUAAAGAGUUCUCCGUUAGUGGUUCCUUGGCUCAGGUUGGUGCAGGCUGCUUUGGACGCAGAAGAGCAGAACACAGAGGCCUAUCUGAAGGAAGGCCAGCUGUAUUUCCGCACAAUCCGAGACAUCAGCCAAGGGGAGGAACUGCUCGUCUGGUACGACGUGGAGCUGUCUCAUCUUUUGGGCUUUAGCGACAUUAAAACAAGAGCCCUGACAGAUGGUUACUCGUGCGCGAGGUGCGGACAGGCGUUCAAGCACGAAAACCCUUUUCUAGCUCACUGUCGCUUUUUGUGCGCUCAAGUAAAAGCGGAGACACUGCGAGGAGACAGCGAACAGAAACCCAGUGAGCCGCGGAGACAGCGCAGCGUCACUGACUUCCACAACAUCGCAAGGGAUAUGGAACAAAAAAAGUCCUCAGAGGAUCGGAAAAGAAGGCACGACGAAACUUUGAGUCCGAGAUGCAGGAAACCUGUUUUGCUGGAGAAAAAGAACAUGGCCAAUCACAACAACAUGAAACACGUGCAUAAAGACUGUCUACAUGACAGUGAUUUCACCAUGAAAGUCUCCAGUUCACCAAAUUCCAAGUUGAAAAGCGCCAAAAGCAGUGCGUUUGCGGAGAUCAAGAAAACGAAAUCGGAUCAGCAAACCAAGCCUGAGGAUAUACCACGGGAACACCCAUGCGUUUCGACUUUACAGCUGAACGGAGAGGCCGCUUCGGUUUCAAGGUCCGACUCCAGUGCGUUCUUGCUCUGGAGUGCGCAUGCGGAGCAAAAGAGCGCUUUCUGCAAACCCAGUAAACUCAUCUCAGAGGACCAGCAGCAUCAGAGACACAUUGGCCCUUUGGAUGAUGUUUCCGAACUUGCAGCUGUGGGAUACAGAACCAUGCUGUCCCCUCACUUGUUUCAACAGGCCGACCUGUCUAGCACACACACCGUCUCUCCGGCGCCCCUGAGCGCAGCGGCUCCUUUCCAUUACGCACCGGAAAUGUGGUGCAGAAGCAUUAGCGGUCCUUUACAGCCCGCAGCCUCACUCACUGUUCUUCCUCCUACUCUCAGCUCUCUGGGUGUCACGGUACAGAACUGGUGCGCUAAGUGCAACCUCUCAUUCCGGAUGACUUCGGACUUAGUGUUCCACAUGCGCUCGCACCACAAGAAGGAGUUCGCCGCCGAGGCUCAGGGUCGGAGGAGAAGAGAGGAGAAACUCACCUGCCCCAUCUGUCAUGAGUACUUCCGGGAACGUCAUCAUCUCUCGCGUCAUAUGACUUCACAUAACUGAACCCUAUGCACUAAAAUAAACAAACAAACAACACGUGUUUUGGUGCAGGUGCGAAUAAGACAUUAAAUAGAGACCUGGCUCAUUUCAGAAUGAGACCGAAAUACAGUAAUAUCAAAUUUAAAGCAGUCCAUAUUGUAACAUGGGUAAAAAAAAUUCAUGUACUUGUGUAAAAAACAUGAAGUGAUAAUUAAUUAAGCAUUUCUAUUGAAUAGCAUUUGUUUAAAAAAAAAUUAGCAGUCUAAAUUGAUUAUUUACAGACGUGUCAAUUUUCCCCUCUGGAUAAUUUUGCAUGACCUUUAAAUUAAUACUGGAAAAUCACCAAUACAGAACCUUUUGGUGGUGCCAUCACUCUCCACAAGAUGGCCACAUAACUCCGCAAAAGAAUUUCUUAUUCGCACAAGACACCAGUCCUCCACUCUGUCUGGGUUAAUGAAGGGGAAAUUAAACCAUACAAUACAAGUGCCAUAAUAUGGUUUGAGUUUCAGUCAGUCGUGCCUUAAAAACUCAGGAAUGAAGAUAUAGAACUGUGUCUAGACAUUUCACUAACUUUGCUAACAACCUGACUAAUCCAUGUGUAGGGUUUAAAUAGUUGUUUUCUUGUUGUCCGGUUUUACCUUGUUUAGUCAUUGCACUACAGUUAGUGGCUAAUAAUUUCUUUCUGAUUUAGGAUACAUGCUUAGUUAAGUGACACAUUCGUAACUAUAAAGUUACUUUCACUUUUACUACAAUAAAGAAUGAUUAUAUGUAUUUAUUGCACAAAGAAGUGGCAUAUAUAGACUUUAUAUACAUGGUGAGACUUUAUGUCAGCAAAAAACCUAUGUGUGACUUUGACUAUUAUUCUUAGCUGUGAUUGUAGUUGCUCAAAACAUAAUGGCUUAAGAAUGAUAAAAUAUUUGAAACAAAUUGUUAAAAAUGUCUGUCCAACUGAAGAAGCGAGAUUUAUUACAUUUGGACCAGCACAUAUAAUGUAUAGAAAUAUAAAUGCAUAGUUAUAAUAAUCAUCACC